AAGCACAAUUGAAGAAAGCAAAAACAUUUGUGCUAGAAAAAAAAAGACAUCGCUUGCAAUGUUGUCAUGAGCUAGGCAUUAUCUAAAAGUGAUUUGCUAGAAUUGGAAACUUAAUUUAAAGCAGUGAGUGAACACCGCGAUGCAAUGCGAUGAACAACACAGUCAUUUUGUAUUUGCCACUGCACACCCGUCCACAAGGUGGCGGUAAUACAUUACUUUGGUAACAGUGAGCUACCAAAGAAGAAGACAACGCGUAAACUAGCUAUUUGGCUAACAAGCUAGUGACUAAGAUUGUGAUAGUUCGGAUUAUGUGUGUACAUCAUACAUUAAGGGAUAUCGCACUGUACAGUACAAACUAGGUCGUAGUUUCUAUGGUUUGUGGCACCUAAUAUCUGAAGUAAAAGUAAAUCACCAGCUGAAGUAACGCCGCUGCACUCAAAGCUGGUGAGCUAUCUCAUCUUAGCCAAGGCUUUAACGAUAAUGUUUUCUUCUUUGUGUCGUUAUCGUUGUUCUCUUGUAAGAUUAAGAAGGUUAAGAAGUUGUUGAUAUGAUAUCCUUACACAUCCGUUGUCCGCUGGCAGAAGGAAACUCUGGAAUUCCCUGAACUCGGAAUUGUUUCUUGAAUUUGCUAACUUGCACAGCUAACCAAUUUGCUAGACAUUUGAAAGCUAGGUAAAGGUUGGCUAUCGUAGUUCAUGUUGGGCCAUGGGUCAUGCUGAGUUUUCGGUGUAAGAGAUCAGAUCAUAUAUCACUUGUUUGGACUGGAUAGAACCAUAGCUUUCUGUUUCAAAGUUGAUCAGUUUCUUCGUGCCUCUGCACAGGUUUGUCAACCGUGCAUAUGAGCAGAGACAUUAAAAGCCUAUAAGGACUUUAAUACAAGCAGCGGCGCGUCGAUUUUACGUCAGUUGAGCGAAGCAACUCGACAUGAGCGCCCCAAUAUAUUUCACCCGCGCGAAAGAAGACGAUCAGAUCUGGAUAGGGGCCGGACACGGGGGAGAUGACGAGGACAGUAGCGCUGUGGCUCUCACUGGUGACGAAGCCCGACACUUCUAUCAAAGCCUGCUUGAGGAACAAAAGGACUCAGCCAAAAGGGGCAACAAAACUAAGGGUGUAGGACAACAGCGGAGGAAUGCUCAGAGGAGGAGAGGUGGUCAACAUGACAGGAGGAGAAGUGAGGAAAGAAGAGGAGAAGCAGCAGGAGGGGGGAGAAGAGGAGGUGAACAAGAACAACGGCCACACCUGCCACAGGGCUCCACCUCUGAGAGAGAUGGGCACAGGCUCCUUCAUGUCGCCCAGGAAGGUGACCUGGCCACCUUGCGUAAGCUUCUCAAGGGGGCGCAGGUGGACUUGAACUUCCACGACGGGUUCUACUGGACCGCGGUGAUGUGCGCCAGCCAUUCGGGCAAGGCGGAAACCGUCCGCCUGCUGCUGGACCAUGGGGCUUCCUGGGUGGGUAUGGUGGACACGCAGGGACGGGAUGCACGUGACCUGGCUGAGCGGGCAGGGCACGACGACGUGGUGAGCAUGCUGGAGCAACACGGAGGCGGCAUGGCGGGAUCGGCAGGCGGUGGCAGGGUGUUGGCGGGAACAAGCUCCCAGCUGACUCCCCAGUGGUGUUCAGUGUGCGAGAGCCUCUACAGCGAGCCAGAGGCUCGUCACCAAAACUCCACCCUUCACCAGUUCAACCGGGGGCGCAUCAGCCAGCCGCCCCCCCCACACUACUGCCUGCCCCCCUCCAACGCCGGGUACCGCAUGAUGCUCCGCAGCGGCUGGAACCCUGGAGCCGGACUGGGGACAGAGGGACAGGGCACACGACAGCCAGUCCGCACCAUACUGAAGAGGGACCAGGCGGGACUGGGGUACGGGCCAACCCCUCGCCCCAAGGUGACACACUUUCAGGCAAAGGAUCCCCAGGCUGUGGAGCGGGUGGCUAAGGCGACAGAGAGGCGAGAGAGGGGGACAACGCUCAACGCCAAAGCCCAGAAGAGGACGGAAAAGAGGCAGAGAGACUGGGAGAGAGACUUCCGGGAUUCGUUUAAUAUUGAUAUUUGACUAGGUUUUCUAAAGGCUUACAAUUCAGUUUAGUGCCACAGGUACAGGAAGACGAUGCGGCUAGGGAACCUAUGCCACAAAAUCAAAAUUGACCGCUACGAACUAAAUGUAUGAACGAGUAGGCGAAUGAAUAAAAUGGGAAUGGAUGAACACACGAACAAUUGGAGAAAUACAUUUUGUUAAAUAUUUAUAUAUAUAUUUAUAUUUUCUUAAAUGUGUAGGACUGUAUAUGUGUCCUGCUGUUUUUUUGUGAAAUACACUGACUUUUUUCAGA